ACCACCACCACCACCACUCCCGUCCUCAACUCGGCCUUCAUUCAACGACUCCUCUGCAGAGGGCGAGGCGGAGCCAAGGGCUAAUGAGAUGUAGAGGUGGGGGCUCGGGGAAGGUUGAGAUUUUAAAAGCGCGUGGUGCCCGAGCGUGGCACGGCAGAGCUGUUGCGCGCUGGCACGCCGCGUGAAAGUUCACGCGCAGCAGCAGUAGCAGCAGUCCACUGGGAGGACGCACGGACACAUCAUCCCCUGCCCCUCCGCCCACCCGCCCGUCGUCGUCGUGACGAGCAGCAGCUUCGGCAGCCUUGACAAGGCUGGGGUGCAGCACGCCAGCCUGCGAAAGAAGACGUCGUUCAACGUGCCCGACUUGCUCGGUGUUUACGCCACCUGUUUUUUUUUUCUUUUUUACACGCGCUAAGCGUCGAGAAGUCGCGACUGACGAGAGAGGCUUCGCAGCUGUUUCGAGAAGCAAAAGUGUUCUUGUUGUUGGAGUAAAAAGCUGGGGGGAGGGGAGGGGAGGGAAACAAUGGAUUAAAGUAAUAAUCGAACCGGCCCAAGUGCGUAAUGCAACAAACAGAAGGAUCGAGAAUAUAAAUCUGCAGCAGGAUGCUUUGGGGAAAAGCAAGUUCAAGGGCGAGAGUCUCAAACGAGCAACAUGUGAGAGCCGCUUGGGCUCGGCGGUAAUCCUGCACGCACGCUCCGAGCCACCCCUGACCUCGCGGCGUGGAAUGUCAAGCCGAGCAGGCCGGUGCGAAGCGCCAUGUGGAGCUGCUCCCGGGAGCCUGUCUUCCAGCCCCUCAACGCAUGCUCAGGCUCUGAGUUCGGCCUGCAGCUGCAGCCCCAACAGUCCCACGCCACCCCGGAGGGCCUGUGCCAGGCCUACAACUACUCCCUUCCGGUGUUCACCAUCACCUUUCUCGUGGCAUUCCUUCCCCUGGGCCUCUUCUACAACCUCAGCCUGGUCUUCGUGAACCUCCACCACCGCGCCUCCAUGGCAGCGCUCGACAUUUACUUCGUGAGCCUGGCACUGGCCAACCUGCUGCAGCUGCUGGUCGCCGUUGGGCAGAUGCUUGGCACGGAGCUGCUCUGGCACCGACAGGGCUUGGGCGAAGGCUCGGAGCUUCCGUCAGUCCAAACACAGCUGCCCACCUGCCUGACCCUCUUCGUGAUCUUCAGCAUAAGCGCGCUGGCCGGCGCCUACUCCCUGGCACUGCUCAGCUUGGACGCGAGCCUUGCGGCAGCGCUACCCCGGAACCCCAUGGUGAGCGCACACAACGCGCGCCACCUCUGCAGCUUCGUGUGGGGUGGCGCACUGCUCGCCGUCUUUCCGGCCUUCCUGCUCUUCGCCUGCCGAGCUGAACCCACCAACUCAGAGGACGGUGGCGGCGGCAGUGCCUACGACAACGCCAACAACAGUGACCAGAUGCUCGACUGCCAGCGGCUGCAGAUUCGCCGGCUGGUGGACGCCGUUGACUUUUUCGCCGGCUUCCUCGUGCCGCUGCUCGGAGUGGCCGUGAGCUUCAUGCUCGCGUGCCGCAUCCACCGCCGUCCCCUGCGUCCCGAGCGGCCGCCUGGCCCGCACAACCGCUCACUGGAGGAGGACGAGGAGGAGGCGGCCGAGGCAGCGACGUUCCGCCUCGUGCGUCUAACCGUGGUGGCUCACUUCUCGCUCUGGACACUCUACUAUGUGCUGUUGCUCUUCUACCUCAUCACCGCGCACGACGAUAAAGAGGCGGCGGAGUGGCUGUCGACGCGGCCCGGCCUGCACAGGACGCUCAGAGGGCUGGCCCUGCUCAUGGCCUACUCAUCCAGCUGUGUCACGCCAAUCAUAUAUCGCUGCCUUCGAAUUAAUUUCAGCUCAAAAUUAGACAAUACGCUGAGCGCGCUGCACUGCUGUCCGUGGAGGCGGUGGAGCGGACACGCGUUGGAGAGGAAUAGAGCCGAAGUUCUUUAGCCCGGUCAACGGAAUGGUGAGGGCUACUGCCAGCAGAUUUAUUGAUGUAAUAUUGUAUGUUAAUUUAAAAUAGUAAGAGUAAAUAUUUUGCCAGAAACCUGUUUUGUCAUUUUACUUUACAAAUACUUGGUUCAUGGAUACAAAUGUUUGCUACGUUUUAACAAUUCCAUAAAUGAUUUUCGACAACUAUACAAAAUUACGUAUACACAGACACGCUGGUAAUACAGUACAUGUACUCUAGAAUGCAAGUUGCAUUUAGCAUUUAAAGGUAAGGGGGGUUGAGAACUGACUCUGGAUCUAAUCCCAACUUCAGGAGUUUGUUGAUUUUGCACCCCUCUGGGGUACUACUGGGUAAAUGUUCCUUACAAAGCCCUAAUGGUUUUUUCCCCCCUGACAAAGUUCAGUCAGUAAAUGCGUCCCACAACUUCUGCUGCUGAAAAAUCACGACACUGACGAAACGCGUUCUGAUGUGAAAAAUCUAACAAAAAACAGAAAAAAGUAUAUGCAUUAUAUUUCAUUACUUUAUGCUUUGAUUAUACACGCUGGAAAAAAAUAAGGCAUUGACGAUGGCUAGUUAUAGAUAUGAAAGUGUAUUUGCUGCCUAAAUAAUAUACUGGAGUGCGUAUGGAAUAAAGAAUGUGUUUCUUGGAAGUGAUACAUUUAAUACUUAGGCUUAACAAAUGAAAAAAAACCCUAAUCACCUCCAUACCAUGUAAGUAUAUAUCAUGUCCUGUGAUUUUGUUUUCAGAAAAUGAAUGAUUUUACAUAUG